AUGGUGACACACGGCUACCUCAACACCCUCCUCAUCGAGUUUACUGGCCCUCCGCUGGAUCGGGUGACCCUCCUGAAAUACGGUGUCAUGGAGGUCAUGGUCAUUAUGACGGCAUCAUUCCAGAAAGACAGUGGACUGUUUGCAUACAGACAGAUCUUCAUGACCCUUGAGUUCCUGCAGCCUCUUUGGAAGCUCUCUGACAUGAAGGAACCCAGGUUUGACUUUGCUGCUAAGUUUAGCAGGCUGGAGCUGGAGGACAAGGACAUGGAUCACUUUUUGGCAGUCAUCCUGCUCAAUGGAGAUCAGCCUGGCUGGGUCAACGUGAAUGCCGUCGAGGAACUGCAGGAGGUGGUGUUACAGGCCCUGGAGCUUCUGCUCCACACCUUCCACCCAAACUCCCUCCAGCUGUUUGCAAAGCUGCUGCAGAAAGUCACCGACCUGUGCCCCCUUGUGUCAAAUCACAUCAGUCUCAUCCACCUGCUGAAGAAGACUGAGCAAGACAUAUGCCUGCAUCCCCUACUGAAAGAAAUUAUAAGGGACUUUAACUACAAAAAGAAAUCACUGAACAUUGAAUCUAAAGCCACUGAUUAG